CUUCGUUUUGUGGAAAAAAUCUUCCUUCCUUAUCUCUUCGUAGAUCGCAGGCCAUUCAUUCUCCACCUCCAUCAAACUUGAACUCCUUAAUCGAUUACCUCCUAGCCUGCAAAUCGUUUUCCAGUGGUGAUCUCCAAAGAUCUCCAUCAUCUCUAUCCCUACUCCCUAGCAUCUCCAACCGUCUCCAGCACUCUCUUCCUUUCCUUUCUCUCUCUGCCUCGGCAAAAAACUUUUCCCUUUCCCUACGCCUUUUCUGCGCCUUCCCUUCUCUAUAGAUCGGUAAAAAAAAUCCUCCCAUUCACUAUCAAUCGGCCAUUCUCCAUCUCCAUAUUCUCACCAGUCACUGUCGUCAGCCGCCGGUAACAGCCCGCCCUCGCCAUUCGCAGCAAUAGCUAUCGAUUUUCUCAGUUCGUCGGAGGUGGAGAAACCUAAAGUCCAAAAUACACCUGAAUGGAACCGGGUCUUUGUUGUUGUUAAAAUGGAAGAUCUCUCCCACCAUAUUGAUUUGAGUACAGGAGCAAUGGACGCUAGGGCUAGAAGAAGCAAAGUUUGGGAGAAUUUAACUCAAGUUGAAUCAGAGGAGGAGGUCAAGCUUCAAUGCAACCAUUACAUGAAGGUUUUUGGAUGCAAUCCUAAUAAGAAUGGGACAGUUUCACUAUGGAGGCAUCUUAAGAUGUGCACUAAGGGAAAUUUUCAAGAUUAAUGGAGCCUUAUGUACUUUACUGUAUUUCCUUCAUUAUAUUUGCUUAAAUGUUAUGUAAUAGUCUCAACUCUCAACUAUCAAGACUCAAGAGAUGGGCUCAUUGGUUUAUGAUCAAGCAAGUUGUCAGCUUUUUAAUUUCUUGUUGCUCAACUAUUUAUUUAUGUUGGUUUUGUAACCUUAAUGAAUCCUCUACAAGGUACCAACAACUAGGAACAUAAAACUUGUUAAUGUUAUAUUCAAGCAAAAUAUAGUCACUCAUUUGUUUAA